AUGGACGACUUCCUGCGAUCCGUCUGGCUCGCCGAGGAGUCGCAAAUGCUCACCGCCGCUCACGCCGCCGGCGGCGCGGAUCCGCGCGCGCGCGACAAGGCUGCGGGGCUGCUGCGCGCACCCUCGCUGCGGCGGCAGAAGUCCGCCGCGGCACUUCCGCGCGCGCUGACUGCGCGGACCGUUGAAGACGUGUGGAAGGACAUACAGGCGGAACUAGCGGGGGAGGGGGAAGCAGCGGAGGCGGACUUUUUAGUGCGCGCAGGGAUUUCGAAGGAAGAGCUUAUAGGGGGGAUAGAGGCUAUAGUGGGAGAGCCGGGGGAUGGGGAGGAGGCGAGUGGCGGAAUUGGCAGCAGUGCGCGGAGAAAGGGGGAGGGCGGAGCCGGCGGGGGCGAGGGGGAAGGUGGAGGGGGGAAAGAAGGGGGGCAAGUCACUGGAACGGACGGGAGGAUGGGGAGCGUGGGGGCGAAUGGCAGCAGUGCUGACGUGGCACAUGAUUCAAAAGCAGCAGCAGGGUGGGAACUCCACCCGCAUGGGGGGGCAUCAGGGCAGGCAGGGCAAGCAAAGAUGGCAGCAGCAGCAGUGGCGGACGCGAGGCACAGCCACGUGGCGUGUGUCUUUGCCGCCACACGCCACGCUGCCGCUGCUGCCGCUCCCCCCAACGCCCUCGGGUCCCUGGGCACGCUGGGAGCGCUGGGAGGGCAAGGAGGGGGGUUGCUGGGGUCACUGGGAGUGCAGGGAGCGAUGGGGGCGAUGGGAUCCGCCCCUGCUCGUGGGCUUGCCAUGGGGAUGGGCAUGGGGGGCGGGAUUGGGGGAGGCGUGGGCGGAGGCAUGGGGGUGGGUGGGGGAAUGGUGCCCACUACGUAUGGUGUGGGCGCAGGGAUGGGCGCAGGUAUGGGCGCAGGUAUGGGCGCAGGUAUGGGCGCAGGUAUGGGCGCAGGGGGGCUGGGGGGACUUGCUGGGGCGGGCAUGGUUGCCACGGAUGGGGUAGGGGGCGGGGGAGAGAGGUGGGGGGGCAGUGACGGCGGAGGGGGAGGGGGGCAGUCGGAUACAGGCGGGGGGAGUGGGGAUGGGGACACCCUGAGCGGGGGCGUGGGGGGGAGUGCGGGGCGGAGGGGGAGGAAGCGGAGUGGGGAGGGGGGAGGGGCGCCCGUGGAGAGGAGGCAGAAGAGGAUGAUGUCGGCCGCUCGGUCCCGGGCGUGGAAGCAGGUGGGGUGGGAUGAAGUGUGGUGA